AUGACAGGUCCCUCGUUAUCGCAGAUUCUUGAUCCUCCACGACCAGCUUCAAAUGCUCCUCCUCCUCCUCCUCCUCCUCCUCCGCAUCAAGCACCUCAGCCAAAUCUUUCUGCGCCGCCACCACUCCAUCCUGGAGCUUCAGGUUCACAGCAAUCUAUCGGGCAUGCCUCACUAGCCACAGUCCCCGAGUCAAACUCUUCAUAUUCAUACGCCAAUGACGGACUAUCUGCGCAACAAUCUGGUCCGUCGUCGACUGCGACAGCAGCGCCAACUCGGGCAGCUACGUCUUCUGCGCCAUCACGUCAAAAUCACGGAAGCAAUAACUUGUACGCCUGUCGCGAUUGUGGCCGCUCCUACUCUCGACCGGAGCAUCUGGUGAGACACGUUCAAACUCAUACACUUGGUCGACGUUUUACUUGCGAAAUUUGCCAAAAGUCCUUUGCUCGAAAAGAUCUCUUGCGCCGGCAUGUUGCAAAUCAUGACAACGAUUCGCCACAGAAAAGACGGCGAACGAACUCGUCGCCUGGAGCUGGACGUGUUUCUCAAGCAUGUCGACCGUGUGCCAUUGCCAGGGUCAAGUGUGAUGACUCCAAACCAUGCAGACGUUGCGUAAAUCGCAAGUUGACCUGCGUUUACUCGGAAGCAGGCCCUCCGUCCAACGUUCAUCACCAUUUACCGCCGAAUCUGCAUGCUACAGUGACCCACGAUUCUAAUCAGUCUACUGUAGCGGCUGCUAGUACCGAAUCAGGCAACUCUUCCUCACCAGCUUCCCACAGUCAUGCCCAGUCAGCUACCAGUGGCCCUUCAUCUCUCCCUGGAGCAAGUACCAAGACUACGCCAUACUCACAGACAACCUCCUUCAAACCCGAGGAAAGUCAGUUGCCAACACCAGAAACUAUCAUGGACCAAGCGAACAACGAGCCCAUUGUACCACCUGCUUUUGAGCCUUCAACAGCAGUCAUGGACUUCAGCAAUUCACCAUUUUUCGACUUUCUGCGAGAUGUGCUGUAUGAGCAGCCGUUUGAUCCGAAUAAGAUGACAGUCCCGCAAGGCAUGCCCAUUCUUGACUUCUGCGACAAUGCGAACCUCGAACUGACGGAUCUGGAUUUCGGCAUGCUGGACCACUGGAACGUCGAUGGCAUGAUUGAAGGGACAAUGCCGGUGCAGGACUUGAUACCUCAACCUGAAAAGACAGCUGAAAUGAAUCAAAUGCGGAAGAGUCUGGUCAAAGUUUGGACCGAGUCACCAUGGCGAUGGGAUCCAAAGUCAAAUGACAACGGGUAUAAGGAACAGAGCUUCUUUGCCGUGUCAGCCCAAGACACAUCAGGCUCUCAGUUCCAACAUAGCCGGGAUCGCUUGGAAAGAGUUGUGGUUGAGAAACUGGAACAGUCUGGGCGAGACCGUGUGAUGGCUAUUUUGCUCUCUCAGUGCCGCCAGACCUCUGUAGCUAACCAGGUUGCCGCAUCUUUCCCUACUGUCGACGUGUUGGAUACUUUAACGCAUAUAUUCCUUGCUGCGCAGGCCUGUCAAGUUGAUUCCUGGAUUCACUUUCCCACUUUCAAGCUGAAGGACCAGUGGCCAGAAUGGAUUGCUAUGGCUGCGGCCCAUGGAGGUGCCUUGACUCCGGUGCCAACAUUGCGCAAAUUCGGGUUCGCAGUGAUGGAGGCUGUCCGUAUCACGAUUCCAGCUCGGUUUGAGGAGAACAACACAGCCAUCCAGCGGUUAGGCCUGGUUCAAUCACUGAUCCUGGUUCAAGAUCUUGGCUUGUGGAGCGGCAAUCGGCGUAGAAUGGAGAUUGCAGAGUGUCAUCUCGUCAUUCCAGUCACGAUGAUGCGUUAUCGAGGCAAGUUUCAAAGGGCAAAAUAUCCAAUUAUCCAAGUCGACCCUUCGGAUGAAGGCGAGGUUCUUGAGGAAAAAUGGAAGAUGUGGGUAGAGAGGGAACAAUGGAAACGACUUGUCUUUCACUGUUACCUCCGGGAAGCACAAACAUCAAUGACAACGUUGACGAAUCCCUGUUUAUCGUAUUCGGAACUGACACUCCCCUUGCCUGAAGCGAGAGAAUUGUGGUUUGCAAAAACAGCACAGGAAUGGAAGGCACAGUAUCUUGAGAGAAACGCAGGACAUUCGAAGCGGCCACCUUCAGUCGGUGACCUCUUUCACGAUGUACACCUGUUAACGGCAAAUCAUUUGCGUCUAGACGUGCAGUUUUCGAUUUCGAUCUUCCUUCACGGAUUCUGGGCAUUGAUUCUGGAAUAUCGACAACUCAGUUCCGUCCACAAGUCCCGGUCAUAUGCGAACAGCCUAGGCGGAAACCCGAACCUACUCCUGCAGUCCCGUCACCAGGAGCUGGUCAAGGACCUCCAAAGCUUUCACCUCAUUGCGGCUAAUUGGCAAGACAUGUCUGCAAGAGAGCACCUUCUUCUCAACCUGUUGAUGAUGAAUCUGCACGUUUCACUCGACGAUUUGCAACUAUUCUUGGGCAAGGAGGGCGAGGACCAGGCGCGUCGCAUCUACCCAACGUUGCAGCAAUGGGUCACUAGCUCUGAGGCACGGUCAGCAGUUUGGUGCGCAUCGCAAGUUCUACGCUACGCCAAGUUCUUCCCGCCAGGACACCUCAAGGACUUUUACGCGGUAGCCGUACACCACGCGGCGAUAACGGUGUGGACAUAUGGUGUGGUGACGAGAGCGAACCGACAGCAGCUUGCGUCCCUCCAGGCUGGCGCUGAGCGAAUAUACCUGGAUAGCGCGGACUCGAUUGCCAUUCAGCGAUUCAUCGGAUUCGGUCAAGGGGUGCCGAUGAUGAAGGGGCCAGUAGAAGGUGGAUCGACUCCGGAGGCAUCACUUCAUGAUCCUCGAGCUUGCAUGGACAUUGCUCAGAAUAUUCUGCGUGUGAACUUUACGCAGAUACAAGAGGGGUUGCCUCCGAUUGUUGAAAACCUCCUACAGCUGAUUAAACAGCUGGGUAAUGCGGCUUGGGCCGUCGGCCUGGGUUAA